AUGACCCCCCCAGAGGCUCUUGAUGUGCCAGAAUGGGAAAGUGUCCAACAUCUUUGUGACGUUUUGAAACCUUUUGAAAAGGUGACUUGCGAGUUGAGUUCGGAAAAAUACUUGUCAGCAUCUAUGGCGCCUGUGUUAAUCGGCGGACUUCAAAAAAUCUGUGAAAAUCUGCUUAGUAAAAGUGUUAAUGAACAAGUACAAAAUGUGGUACUAGUACUACAACGUGAAUUGGGUAAUAGAUUUACAACUAUCGAUUCAAGAGAAGACAUUGCUCAAGCCGCUUUCCUUGACCCCCGAAUAAAAAAAUUGGGGCUCAAAUGUGAUGUCGCCAAAAAAAUUGAAAGUGAUAUUAUCUGCGAGUUAUCGGUAGUUGCACAAACUACCCAUAAUCUUGUUGAGGAUAUGGAAGGGGAUGAUGAAGAGAUAGACGAAUCAUCGGUUUGGUUCGAGUUUGAGAGUAAAGACUCUCGAACUUCAUCAGCUCCUGCAGCAGACGCGGCGAUCGACAAAGCUGCGGCAGAAGUGAAAAGAUACCUGCAAGAGCCCAUUCUUUCCAGGAAAUCUGAUCCACUGGAGUGGUGGGAAAAGAAUAAAAAUGUAUUUCCUUAUUUGUAUGAAUUAUCACGGAAAAAUUAG